UCCUUCCAUAAAUAUGAUCACAUCUACCACACUCUAUACCCCACAGUCUCAUUGUAGACCACGUGACUCAUGGUGAGCUCCACUUCCAAGGGUUGGUUUCCAGCACCGGCGUAGCAUCGCAUUAUCGGUGGUCACCUGUGCCUUCGUCGCUUGGCCAUCAGUACUGCUCCUUGACGCGUAUCUCAACCGAGACGCAUGACAUAUAGAGGGAACAGCGUAAGCCCUCUUCAACAAUAUGUGUCCCUUCUCACAUACAGUCUGAGCAGAAGAUGAUUACAAGAUGCUGACUCCUACCCGUGAAGCUUUGCUCCUGAUGCUCGCCUCUACGGCCACUGUUGCCCUUCCUAGCAUCACCAGAGGUGACGCAGUCGAUGCUGCCUCUUCUUCCAAGAGCCUGAAGCGUGCUGAGCAGUGCGUCAUCUGCUCGUACAACGGCCACACCGCGCCGCAGGAUACGCUCGAUGUCAUGCAGCAAGGCCCGCGGCGACAUCGCCCUCGUUGGCGAGCACAACAACAAUACCAACUCGUCCGUGAUCGAUAAGGCGGUCAAGAAGCCCGAAUGCCGCAAAAUGCCCAUAGUCCCAACGGGGGCUGUUGCCGCUGCUGUCGACCGAAUAGGCAGCAGCGGACUUGACCGCCUUCCUGGUGCGCUGGCGCAGAGCGUCAAGCAGGUCGGCGCUUCGAGUAGCCCAGCUACCGUGGCCAAGACCAUCGGAAAAGCUGCCCCGAAUCUGCUGGUCAGUAACCGCUUAGCAGUGGAGGCCUCCGCGCACAACGCUGAGCCCAGCCAUCGCGCGACGGCGCCCCGAAGCUGGCGGCGCGAGGCCCGCGCGCCAGAAUCCAAACUGCAAAUGGAAUCCACAGGGGCAGGGUGCGGGUGGUCAUGUGUACAUCUGUACCCGUUCACCUGGCGGUUGGCUAUUGGCACGUGCGUGGCAUGAUGUCGGGAGUGGGGUGUCGCAUGUGCAUCAUUGAUACUGCACGAGCAUAGAGCAGAGUCUAAUCGCUCGCUGCGCGUGCAUGCCUGAUUCUUUGGUGUACACACGCAUGUGUCUGAUCUAUGUACAUAUGUAUACCAUCAAACCGGGUC